AUGCACGAUGACCGUCAGUACGACAAUGCAAUGAACUGUGCGAAUGCAUACUGGGAGCAUCCAAUAGAUGACGGACAGCCGAACCAACCACAAAGGGAAAUGAGCAGGCGCACAGAAAGAGUUAUAUGCAGACUCAUGACGCAAGCGAUAUAUUUUGCAAAUGCGUGGAGUGAAGCAGUAAGGGACAACGCAAAAGACAACAACGGGCAAGAUGAGGACAUAAAGGGAAUAAUGAGAUGCACCAUAGUGGACGUAUAUAAAGACAUACUAUGGAUUUAUGGAUGCGAGGGUCGGUGGGGUACAUAUUAUGCAUGGUACGUCGUGGACCAAAUAUCGGCAGGGCUCACGGCCCAUGGGGGGGACCAGCAUUGUAGGAAGGGGAAGUACAAGGAUAUCGACUUGAGGCUUUGGCCCAUGAGGAAUCAGAUGAAGACAUGGCUACAGCAGAAUGCACGCAUGCAGGAGAAACUUGAGCAGGAACAAAUAAGCGCAGGGUGCACGGGAGGAACCGUACACUUAGAGGUCCCACGGAAACAGGAGGAGCGCGACGACAAGAACGACAGACCAACGAAACAUGAAGUAAAGCACAAGGUCACAACAAUUUUGGAAACACUGCAGAUACACAUGAAGAACGAGGAGACACAAUUGAGCGGGUCCACUGACCCAGCACCCACGUACCCUUCUGGGGCACAGGCACACGACACCAAGGAUGCCGCGAUAGAGAAUGAAAUGCAACAAGCAAUCGCGCACGUGAAAGAAGAAUUAGACGCAGUGAUCGUUCAUCCCGCCUCCGCCAAACCCGGUGGCAACAGCAAACCGGCCGCGGCCCACCCGGCAACCACAAAACCGGCAGAAGGAGCAGGAGCAGGAGACCAGAAAGGGCAGAAGCCCGCGGCACCAUCACCAUCACCAUCACCCGGGAGCACAGGACAAGGCAGUACACGGGGAGGUCCACGGUCAGAUACAACAGCGGGAGAGGGCGUACAGGUUUCACAACCAACACUACCAGGCUCGCAACCACAGGCACCUGUGUCUCCAGUACCAUCAUCGACACCAGUACCGUCAUCAGCACCAUCACCAUCUGCACCAAAGGCAGCUGGAUCCGGGACAUCAGGUGGACCAACCGCGCCAGAUGGCAACACACGCGCGGACACGACGGAAGAAGAAUUUGAUGUUGUUGUUAUACUGCGGUUUUUAGGUGUACGCACAGAGAGCCAAUGUGAAGGCGUUUAG